GAAAAGUACAACCUGAGCCAGAGGAUCGCAGUCGAGUGAAAGAUUUCGUUGCGUGCGGAAGCAAGUAACCUGUUCUCUGCUGAAGCAGAAAUUUCGUCGAUUGUGCUUUUGAGUGCUGGGCCGGUGUGGUUCUGUUUCUGUUUUUGGUUCCCCUGGAAUAAUUAAUUAUCUAUCCUACAGCCGGGUCAACGACGAAGGCGAAGCGUCGUCAAGCGAAGGAAUUUCAGUUGUGACUCGAUUUCGAAUUUUAUUUGAAUUUGAAUAUUCCUACGGGUGAGUGAGUGAGUGAGCGAACGAAAAACUACCGCGUGGAUCAAGUUGAUUGAGCCAAAAGUUAGUAGGCGGUGAGUUGCUGGUAAACCGAAAGUGAAACGACAACAGCGCAGAGCUGUAUAACCUUUAGGUUCCUGCGUGGAGUCUGUGUGACAUCGAGGUGCGGUUUGAGUGCGCGGAGUGAAGAGGGGAAAAAACGGUUUCCAAGCCAGUAACAGUCGGGGAUUUUGUUGUUUUGUGAGUUCUAAGUGUUGUGUCUUGGAGGCCUUAGUAGUGUACGGAUCGCGAUAUUACCGUUACCAUUCACCGUCGUGCGUCUAGCGUCUAGUGGACUAUACGAAGAGAGAGAGAGAGUGAGAGGAAGUGAAUAAUAAAUUUGCGCCCAAGAUUUCCUCAUCUAUUCGGAUGUCUUUCCUACCGCAUCCCUUGUAAAUUGGAUUAACUGAUAAGAUUCAAAGUGUUGGUCGCAGCGUAAAACCUGAAGAUUGACGUGAUGGACGAGUCUACGUCGUCCGGCAAUGACCAUUCGGUCGGUGUGGACGGUUACGCGUUCAAAAACGAAAUAUCGCUCUCCAUCGGGGAAGACGACCACAAUUCGGGUACCAACAGUACGGCUAUCCCGACGCCUUCGCCACGUCACGUCGAGGUGCCACUGCCAACGGACGAGAGCGAGUACACUUCGCUCAAGGACAGUAAACUGAACGGUAACGGAAUGAGUGGAGUGGACAAUCCGGCGUUCGUGGCCGAUUUGGAGAAACGGCCGUUGAGUUCUUUUGGGCACUCGGGAGAAAAGUCACUGGGAGCUACCUCGAUCAACGGCAAGGCCAAUGGUGAGAAGCCCAUGGCUGAAGCAGUCAACUUGGAACUGCUGAACAUGUCGAAGCCGUCUAACGGUCACAAGAAUGGAGCUACUGUCCUGCCGAUCAAGAAGGAUACCGAAGUCGACAUCGGAGAUCCAUACGAUGAGUAUUUUGUGCCGGUGAACGAACACCGAAAGUUCAUGAGCGUCUCGUUCCAAAAACCGCGUCGGCACGCGUACAACCAUCACGACCGGGGUGUAGACUACACCGGUCACUCAGUCAAUGAACCGGUGCACGGAACCGUGGACUAUAAACAGUGGACCAAUAUCACGAGAGGCGAGAAAUUGUACGUGACCAAGGAUAAACGCGAUAAGAAAAAGAAGAACUGGCUCUGCUGGGUGCUGGGCUUGGCCGUCCUACUGGCAGUGAUCAUCAUAGCCAUCCUGGCCGGAUCCGGAGUGAUAUUCAACGAGAACCCUACGCCAGUGGAAUCGCGACAGUUUGCCAAAGAUAACCAGGUCGCUACGGCCGGUGUGUUCGGUUCGGGAUCUCCCUCGAAUCAGGUUCCACAGCCCCAGAACAAGACGACCUCUACGGAGUAUCCUUCGACGAUGUCACCUCCGGGAUCGACGGUACCGCCCGUUCCGCCAACUACCGAGGAGAACAUUAUUUACGUGCCGAACACCCUGGAAGGACAGAUCACGCUGACGAACUUGGAGUUCUUGGAUGACUACCGGGACCCGAACAGUUCGGCCUACAAGUUGCUUGCGGCGGAACUGGAGGAAAAGAUUAGAGAUACCUUGGAUGUUCCCGGAACUCGCGAUCAAAUCUUUGUCAAGAUUAUGAGUUUGAAACCUGGAUCCGUAGUCGUCGACUACCGCGUGAGCUGGGUCAAUUCGAGUUCUCUAAAUGUUGACAGUAUGAAGGAAAGACUGACAAAUUACCUGGGCGAUAAGCAGAAUAAUCUCGCAACCUACAUCGUUCCGGUCAACACGAUUCGCGUAGCAAGACUUCCCGAUCUUUGUUAUUCCGGACCUGCUGAAAUGAACUGUGAACACGCCUGUGAGUUCAACGCUCGUGUUGGAGACUUUGUUUGCGUUUGCCCAACCGGAAUGCUGUUGAACAAUGAUGACGGAAAGUCCUGCUAUACUCCAGUUCCGGCACUACAACCGGAACCAUCUGCUGAACCGGAACCUGAGCCUGCCAGCGAACCUGAACCCGCUGGAGAGCCGGAGCCGUCGGGAGAACCAGAACCGUCGGGAGAACCGGAACCGUCGGGAGAACCAGAACCAUCAGGAGAACCGGAACCAUCCAGCUCGCCUUCAAGUGAACCAGAACCUUCAAGCUCUGCAGAACCGGAACCGGCAAGUGAGCCGAGUAGUGAACCAGAGCCUGCUAGCGAACCGGAGCCUGCUAGUGAACCGGAGCCUGCUGCCGAACCAGCACCUGCCAGUGAACCGGAGCCUGCUAGCGAACCGGAACCUACUGGUGAACCGGAACCCGCUAGUGAGCCAGAGCCUGCUAGCAAACCGGAACCCGCUAGUGAACCAGAACCAGCCAGCGAACCUGAACCUACCAGUGAGCCCGAACCAUCGAGUUCACCCGAACCGGAACCGAAAAGUGAGCCAUCUACUAAAGAAACAACGACCGCAUCUAGCCCAUCCGGAAAACUAGUCAACGAACCAACGCCUGUGAGUGAACCUGAGCCUUCCAGUGAGCCAGAACCAACGAGUGAACCGGAGCCUGCUAGUGAGCCAGAACCGGCCAGCGAACCUGCACCAGCCAGUGAACCUGAGCCUGCCAGCGAACCCGAACCUACAACCGAACAAGAUAAAUCCUCAUCCAACCAUUCUGCUAAGCUACAAUUUGCUGAUGCUCCUUCCUCUACUCCUGAACCCGAACCGAGCAGCGAACCUGAACCAACCAGUGCACCGGAGCCAAGCAGUGAGCCCGAACCAACGGGUGAACCUGAACCAGCCAGCGAGUCCAAUCCAAAGAAUGAAGUUGAACAGAUUAAAGCCACCACCGUGAACCCCAGCAGCACGUCUGAACCUUCCGCUGAGCCUUCCGCAGAGCCUUCCGCAGAACCCGCAGCAGAACCGGAACCCGCAGCAGAACCGGAACCCUCAGCAGAACCGGAACCCUCGGCAGAACCGGAACCAUCCAGUGAUGACGGCCAUCACUCAUCGACCGAAUCCAAUCUGGGCAAGCUGCAAUCCUCAACGGAGCACACCGAUGAGCACACCAUGCCUGACUUUAUGAUCCCCGAUUCAGACGCGACAAAACAUUCGACCAGCACUGAAAACAUUUCUCCAACCUCGCCACAUUCGACCACUACUGCUGUAGCUAGCGCUGAAACUCCGGCUCCCGUAACGGAAACGAUCGUCGAUGACGUUCCACAACCGACCGUCGGUUCGUUCCUAAUUGCCGCCAAAACCACCCCCGGUAUUGAACCGAUGAAUGUGUUCGAUGCUCGAUCGCUCGAACAUAACACAUCUACAACCGCAGCUGGGGAAAAUUCCCUCUACUCCACAUCUAGUCCGAUUUCGCUGGAGCAGUGGCGAUCGUCUACCAGCUUCUCUACCUCAACGGAAACCCUGGAGCAUCCAAAGGAGCACGACGAAGACAUGUCGCCCUUCCUGCCGAACAUUGAAUCAUCCAGUGCAAAGACUCGCGGAAUGUACGCCGUUACCGAAACCAUUCUGGAAACGGAGACUGCUCCAUCGCUGCUGACUCACGCCGAUCAGUCGCCGUUCCUGCCGGAAAUCGACAACAAUGCAAGCUUGGUGAAACUGCUCCACGAGGGGCUGGAUCGUCAAACCGAUGGCUUCGAUAACGAUUUGCAGCAGCAGCACUAUCUGGAAGUGUUACCACUGUCGAAGGAAAACGAUCGCAAUGACUACAAAAAGCAGCUGGAUACGGCAAUAACCAAGACAGUCUACGUAGCGACGACAAUUCGAACGUACGAACCAACGACCGAUUCGUUAGAGGAUUUGAUAACGGCUGCCAGUUCUAGGAAUAUCGUUGAGCAGACAACUAACGGUGGGGAAGAUGUGAUGGGCACGAGUACCGAGAAGGACGUUGAGGAGACGACUCUGGGUAAGACGGGUGCUGUUGGUAUGACAACCGAGAGCGAGAGUGCUCGGUUGGAGCAGUCUACGGAACAGGUGGAGGAGAGACCUCUGACGACGAUGAUUAUGGAAGAGGAGGAACAUGAAAUGGUUGCUUCGCCAAAGGCUGAUGUUGAGGAGAUCAAUUCGACUGAAGGUGGGGCGGGAAUGGAUGAUGCUAAAGCGGAUUCACCCAAGGGCGACGUGGAGCUCGUAUCGAACAAUGAUACUGCCGAAAAGAUUACGGCAACGGAAGCCGAAGUGGCAACUACCGAAAGGGAAAUGAUGGAAACCACUAUGGGUGCUGCUAAGUUAGAAUUGGAGGAAGAGCGGGCGACGGCAUCGAAAGCCGAAACCGAAGAAGUGACCGAUGCUAUGCGAGAUGAAACAACUGAGAAGCAGGCGAAGGUUGUGGUUGAGUCUACGACGGAGAAGGACAUCGAGGAGACCACGGUUCAUGCUGUUGUGAACGCAUCGUCUACCACGACAACGGAACCAGGUGCCAUCGCCAAGUUGAUGGAGGAAUCCACCGUUGAAACGAAAGAACCACCUACUACGACGACGGUUAACAAUGAACCUAGUACGACGCAAGCGGUAACCACCUCAACAACGACGGAAGAGGCAACCACUUCAACAACGACGGAAGCGAUAACCAGCUCGGCAGCACCAUCGACUACCGAUACUACCAAAGCGGACAUCCUGGAAAAGACUCUGCAGGACUUGGAUGAAGAUAAUGAUAUUUCCGAGAACGAGUUGAAGGUUCUACCGCUGGACAGGAAGCCGGAUAAAUUGCAGGAAGCACCGCCAUUACCCGAUCCACUUUCGCCCUCUCAGAAAACGACAGUCGACCAGGAGUCCACCUUCGAAACGACUACCGGUCAUUUUUUAGGAGAAACGACGUUUCAUUUGAUUAGAUCAGAGAGAUCGAAUGAGACGUCGUUAAUUAAGACGAGAAAUUCUGGCGAUGACGACCUGAGCGAAUUGGUGGCUAGCGCAAGUGGAAUGUUCACAAAGUGUGCGGUUGGACAGUUUGAGUGCGUGAAUGGAACCUCUAUCAAAGACGGCAGCUCGUGCAUUCAGAAAUCGGAGCGAUGUGAUUCGGUGUCACAUUGUUCGGAUAAUUCCGACGAGCAGGACUGCGAGCGAUUGGGAUGUCCGGGGCAUUUCCAGUGUAAGGAUGGGUUCUGUUUAGCGCGGCAACAUGUGUGCGACGGAAUAGCACACUGCAAUGAUGGAAGCGAUGAGAUUGAGUGCAACCAGUGGCAGUGCAAUUUCGAUGAGAUAUCUUGCGAUCCGGAAGGACGCAAGGGUCCGUGUCUGCCGGCACAGUGGAAGUGCGAUGGGCUGGAGCAGUGUGCGAAUGGGUUCGAUGAGAGUGAUUGUCCGGAUACGUGCACGAAUGAUCAGUACUUCUGCGUUGGUCAGCGGAAAUGUAUUCCGGAGGCUUGGCGAUGUGACGGAAAGUCGGACUGCACGAAUGAUGAAGACGAACGACUGUGCGACUGUCCGGUUGAUAACUUCCGGUGUAAUACUGGUGGUUGUGUGCCAAGUGCUUACGUGUGCGAUGGCCAGCCGCAGUGUCCGGAUCUGUCGGACGAGUGGGGUUGUUUUAGGUUGGAGGAGAGUGAGUUGAAAGUUCGAGUGGAAUCGGAAAAGCUGAAUCCGGUGUGCGGAGAUGGUUGGACGAUGGAGUUAUCGGACGCCGUUUGUGCGGAGCUGGGCUACUCGCGAGCCAAGUCAUUCUCGAUCUCAAACGAAACGGGUGGCGGCGACUCGUUCUACCGGUUUGUGGGCGUGAACAGUACCAAUCUGCUGGGCAGCUUGGCUUUGGUGACCAGCUGCUCCGUGGGGCAGGUGAACAUCGACUGUGAACUGUAUCGUUGUGGCAGUGACCGCAUUACGUCUACGUUGGAACAACGGAUAGCCGGUGGGCUUACAGCGGACUCGAGUCAACUUCCUAGUCUGGCGUUGGUUUACAGCAGUAACGCGGCCAUCAAGUGCACUGCUAAUAUUGUAUCUCCUCGAUGGGCCAUCGUAAGCUACUCCUGCAUGAUGGGUAAAACGGAAUUCAUCGACAACCGAAAUGUAGCCGAACUGGAUUGGAAGCUGUUUGCUGGAACAUCGCAGUUUAACUACACUAUGAUCAGUGGUAGCAGUUCAAACAGUUCCUACCAGAUUGUCGAAGUGCAGAGGAUCGUCCCCUAUCCUCAGGCCAAAUACAAGCAAUUCCUCUACACCGGAGAUAUUGUGCUGCUGCAACUGGCUAAGCCACUUCAGUUGAACGAGCGGAUUGGCAGUGCCUGUCUGGUCCAGGACUCCGAAAUCAUCCAGAAUCAGUUGUGUCUGACAGCUGGUUGGGGUGUGGAUCCGUCGGCCGUUACCAGUACCGAACAGUAUCUCAAGUAUCUACCAGUGCCAACGAUGCCGGCGGAAAAGUGCAACUCCAGCGUGCACUACAACGGUUCGCUGACGGACGACGCCAUCUGUGCGGGCUACCUCAGCAGUAGCAAAGCGACUUGCUAUAAUGACGAAGGAGCUCCGCUGAUGUGCCACGUCGAGAGUACCGGCCAGUGGAUGCUGGAGGGCAUUCUCAGUUACCAUGGCAACUGUGGCAAGCGGCCACAUCCAGCCAUUUACAACUCGAUUACCUCAGGCAUCUCAAGUUGGAUCCGGAACACGGUUGGCAAUGAUCUGAUGUUCAGGAGCGGUGAUAAUGGCGCCGAGCCAAUCAGCACGCAGGUCGCACCACGGUAGACGUGUGCACGGAGUUUGGCAGAUCAACUCGGCUGCGUGUGUGCUUGUGUUUAUGUAAAUAUUGCGUGUAAUAUAGAAGAAAACGGGCUUGAAUGAUAGUUUUACGUGGAAGCAACUUUUAAGAGUGAAGAAAUUUUGUUUUGAAAAAUUGUAUUUAUAGAUAAAAAAAGCGUAGCACGUAGGAAACGAGAGAGAAUAAUUCUGCGUUUUUUCUUUGUUUUCGGUAAAUAGAGAAUGUCUGAUGCAAGAAGAAAAGAACCUAGUCACAAAAGCCGAUUAUUUUGUGCCAAUACCUUGAAGUGGAAAUGAGUAAUGUCUACUUUUCAUGAAAUGAAAACCGCAACCCGAGCGAGAUAAAUACCUGCAAUGAUCGAUCACGCUUUCCCCUUCCCCCCACCAUCUCAAAUGGCAAAAUUACCAAAUGAUGACUGUUUCGAAAUUGCUAGCGUUACCAAUAGUAAGUGUGCGGAAGAUACAAUUAAAAGAAGACGAGGGAGCAUUCCCAGAAAUCUGUCAAAUCAGACACAAAAUCUCGUUUUAUGUUUUGUUAAUAGUAUUUUUUUCUGAAUCACUUGUAAAUAUGAUCCCUAUAACAAUUAAAUGAUACUGUAAUUGCUUGUAGGUAACCUUACUAAGAAUAUGAUUCGCAAUAUAAGUAGAGCAGAUGGAAAGCAGCAAAUACCGAUAUACUUAGUUUUUAGAGCAAACAAACAAGUGUAGAUCUUUUCGAAUUGCAAUUUGCUAUUUAGGGAAGUAGGAUAAUUUUCCAAUUGAAAAACCAUUUAAUCUGUUUCUUUUUUUUUGUCUAGCAAUAACAAUGGCCGGUUUUUUAAGCUCCUCCUUUCGUUCAUUAUCUUGCAUGUUACUCUGUUUUCCCCUUUUCUCAUCAAUACUCAAUUCCGGCAGAAAUAAUUCUGAACUGCAAAACAGUCGCUACGUAACGAGAAUCUGUAUUCAAUCUGAGGGUUUUCGGCGAUAGGAGAUCAAUUAAAGAAUAGAUUAAUAUUUUAUUACUUAUAUAA